AUGUUGAUUUCGAGGCUGCAGUGUCGCGUUGCGUUGGUGGCCACGAUUUUGGUUUUCUUCGCCCUAGGUCUACUCUACAACACGAAAGCUGCCGUUUCCCUCAGACUUCAGCUCGGCAACGAGCCCAACGAGCCUAAUGACCUCAAUAAGCCCGAUGAUUCCAGAGCAUGGAUCUACUCAGGUCCCGAGGCGGAGGAUAAAGCGGUGAUUCUGGCCAAGGUCCACAGCGAAGAUGUGAAUUGGGUCUUUGACUACCUUCAAGAUUGGAAACAAGCUGUAUACUAUAUGGAUGAACCAAAUGAAGGAGUGCUCCAUCCACCACUCAACAAAGGCCGGGAGUCCAUGGCGUAUCUUACCUUCAUCAUCGAUCACUACGACAUUCUUCCAUCGUACAUGGUCUUCGUCCAUCCUCACCUUCGGGGUUGGCCUGAAGCAUGGCAUACGGAUAGUGACGAUCACGACCAAAUCAAUUCCAUCAGGUCUCUAAGGCUUGAAUACCUCGAACAACAUGGUUAUGCUAAUAUGCGUUGCAUUCAUGACCCGGGCUGUCCCGCAGAAAUACAAGUCGAUCGACAAGACGAUCACCGCACUGCUGAGCACGCUAUGAGGGAGGCAUGGCCUUACAUGUUUGGGGUCAACUAUACGGAUAUACCCCAAGUCAUCGCUCAACCGUGUUGUUCACAAUUUGCCAUCUCGAAAACGCAGGCCCUGAAGCGCAGCAAGGCGGAUUACGAGCAUUACCGCCAGUGGCUACUUGAUACUCCUCUCGAUGAUGAUACGAGUGGAAGGGUCUUCGAGUAUCUCUGGCAUGUCAUCUUUGGACAGGAAGCUGUGCACUGUCCCCCUUUAGAACAAUGCCGGUGCGAGCAAUUCGGUCGAUGCUAG